AUGAUCGUCUGCGUCGCCGUCGUCGGCCACCAGAACAACCCGCUUUACAUUCAGAGCUUCACGGAAGCUGACGAUGCCCUUAAGCUCCACCACAUCGUGCACUGCUCCCUCGAUGUCAUCGAUGAGCGAGUGAACAAUCCGAAGAAGUCAGGUACAACAUUGAACGAGGCUUUUCUUGGUCUGCUCUAUCCAACACUGAACUACAAAGUCUAUGGUUACUUGACUAACACAAAAGUGAAGUUUAUCAUGGUCACAACUGAUUUGGAUGUCAGAGACACCGAUGUGAGAAGUUUCUUCAGGAAGUUCCACGCCGCAUACGUUGAUGCCGUCUCAAACCCUUUCCACGUUCCUGGUAAAAAGAUCACAUCCAGAACCUUUGCAGAAUCCGUAACCAACAUUGUUAGGUCUUACACUUUUAACUGA